CCCCCUUCCUUCUAUCUCCACCAUACUCUCACAUUACAGUUCUUUCAAGAAAUAUCAUCAAAUCAAAUCAGCUCAAGUAGAGUGUCGUAUAAUAAAGAAGACUGAGGAGGAAAAGAAAAGAUGAAGCCAAGUUUUGUAGCUCUUUUCCUGGUGUGCUUUGUUCUCACUUCCUCUUUGUUUGAAGUUACAGUGGCUGGCUCAGGAUUCUGCGAUUCAAAGUGUGAGAAGAGGUGUGAAAAAGCAGGAGUGAAAGAUAGGUGCUUGAAGUACUGUGGAAUUUGCUGUGAAAAGUGCAAGUGCGUGCCUUCUGGUACUUAUGGUAACAAGCAUGAGUGCCCUUGUUACAGAGACAUGAAGAACUCCAAGGGCAAGCCCAAGUGCCCUUAAAAUUAAUAAAUAAUCAUGAUGUUUGCAUGGUCGAUUAUGUGGAAUAAUUGACCUGUAAAGAAUACAUAAAAAUCUUUAAUUAUAUAGGUAAUUACAUGGUUUAUUAGGCCAUAGAAGGUGGAAUAAGAAUCAGGGGUGAACUUCCUUUUGUUUACGGCAGUGGACAGUUUGUCACUUGGUUUGUAAUGGUUAUUGGAUUCUAUCUACUAUAGUGUACUACUGUAAUGCCUAUAUUAUAUAGAAAACAAUAAUAAAUUGGACUAUUUUAAAA